AUGUUGCUUCCCAAGGGUGGCGUGAAUUGGAAGGCGGCUCGCGCGAGAUUACCGCCAUGGCGAGCGAUCAUAGUCUUGUUAACUCGCACCCGGUUCCUGGUCUCGAUUGCCGUCACGGGGCUGGUCAUUCUUUUAUGGCGCGGCAUUAGUAGUUCGGCCGCGGAAAUGCAAAGCUUUUAUUGCUACGGGCCUUCAAAAUCGCCAAUGCACAUGACAAUCAAUGAAAUGAACGAGUGGAACGCACAUUUACAAACUCCUGUAAACUUCAACCACCAUGAACCGUACGACGUGAACUCAACCUCAAUAUCGCUCGUCGAUCUCAAUCCUAUCAAGUCAUCACCUAAAGCCGCUGCCAACGGAGAACGGGUCUUGAUUCUCACGCCGCUACGCGAUGCAUCCCCUUACCUCCCAAAGUAUUUCGACCUCCUUUCUGAAUUGACGUAUCCCCACGACCUCAUUGAUCUUGCCUUCCUAGUCGGUGACUCGACAGAUGACACUCUUGCGGUUCUCAGCUCUGAACUCAAUCGGAUUCAGGACCAGGUUGAGGAGAAGAUUGCUUUCCGUAGCGCCACCAUUGUCCAGAAGGACUUUGGCUCUGACAUUGAUAUGGAAGUCACAGAGAAGCAUUCGUUUGAAGCCCAAGGGCCGCGCCGCAAAUCCAUUGCGCGCGCUCGCAAUUUCCUCCUCUACUCUGCCUUGAAGCCCGAUCAUUCUUGGGUCUACUGGAGGGAUGUUGACAUUGUCGACAGCCCGAAGAAGAUUUUGGAGGACUUUAUGGCCCAUGACAAAGAUAUCCUCGUUCCCAACAUCUGGUUCCAUCGUUACGAGAAUGGAAUUGAUAUCGAGGGUAAAUUCGACUACAACUCCUGGAUCGAGUCAGAUAAGGGCCGUCGGCUUGCCGACUCCCUUCCUAAAGACACAAUUCUGGCCGAAGGCUACAAGGAAUUCGACACAGGUCGCACGUAUCUGGUGAAAUUUGGUGAUUGGCGAAAGAACAAGGACGAAGAAAUUGAGCUCGACGGGGUGGGAGGAGUGAAUAUUUUGGUGAAGGCUGAUGUCCACCGAGCUGGCAUCAACUUCCCUGCCUAUGCAUUUGAGAACCAAGCCGAGACCGAGGGAUUCGCUAAGAUGGCUAAGCGAGCUGGCUACCAAGUAGUCGGUCUUCCCAACUACGUUGUCUGGCACAUUGAUACCGAAGAGAAGCCCGGUAACCUUGGCGGGCGCAAAGCAUAUUGA